AUGCUCGGCCGCUUCGCGCUGCGGUGCCGCGCCGCGGCGUCGCCGGCGCGCCGGUUCGCCUCCUCCGAGCAGCGCGCAACGUUGCUGGCGACGCAGGACGAGGUGAACACGCGGCUCGCGGCGCGGCGCGUCAUGCGCCUCAUGGCGUCCUUCGCGCGGCAGCGGACGCUGCGGCCCCUGACGCGGACGCUGCGGGACUUCGCGGACCGGAGCAGCCGCUUCCGCGCGUCGACGCUGCACGGCGCCGUCGAGCACCGGCUGUCGUGGGCCUUUGGCCGCGUGCGCCCGGCGCUCGACGACUUCCUGCGCCGCGAGGGCUUCGACGCCGACGACGCGCUCCUGGAGCGCGUCGCGACGGCGCCCUGGGCCGAGAGCUUCCGCGGGGACGCGGCGCGGCCGCCCGAGGCGUUCGACCCCCGGUGCCCGCGGCCGCCGGCCGCCGAGGAACUGUCGACGCUGACCCUGGGCUUCGCGGCGUGCCUGCCGCCGCGGCGCACGGCGGAGGCGUCGCCCAUGCGCGCGCGGCGAAAACGGAGCAAGCGGCGCAGGGACGCCGCCGCGGCCGACGGCGGCGGGAAGCCGCCGAGGUUUCCCAAGGCGGCCGCGCGCGCGGCGCUCGCGCCCGUCGUCGGGGCCGUCGGCGGCGGGUCCGCCGCGGCCGCCGUCGCGGCCGCCGCGGGCCCGCCCGCGGCCGCGGAGGCCGCCGUGGAGCGCGCGGCCGGCGAGCUCGGCUGCGGCGUCGCGGCCGUCCUCGAGGCCGUCGCGGACGCGGAGCAGGUCGCGGCGCUCGCCGCGGCGACGUGCCCGCCCAUCGCGCGCCAGAAGCUCGAGGCCGCGCUCGCGCGGGAGCGCGGCGGCGCGGCCCAGUGCGUCGCCGCGCUCGGCGUCCACGCGGCGCUCGGCGCGGGCGAGCUCCUCCUCGAGCUCUGGCGCAAGCGGCCGCCGCCGAUCGACGCCGAGGCCGCGGCGGAGCGCGUCGACGACCUCGCGGCGGCGGAGGCCGCGCUCCAGGCCGCGGCCGCGGACUGGGCGUCGCUCGAAAACGCGGGCGUCGACGCGCUGGUCAAGCUGAGGCCCCACUUCCUCCAGGCCGACGCGCGGCGCCGGGGGUUGCGGUCGCUCGCGCGGUCCGCGGGCGGCGCCUUCGACUUCGACUUUGCCCCCGGCGACGAGGCGCCCGCGGCGCCGGCGCGCGACGACGACGACGACGCGAGCUGGGUCGGGCGGAAGAACCGGCGCGCCGCGGACAUGCCCGGGUCCAUCGUCCAGCUCGCCGUCGCCGAGGCGCGCGGGCGCCGCCUCGCGCCCGACGACCCGGACGCGCGGCUCGCGCUGCGGCGGACCGUGUUCCUGGACAACCUGCCGCCGGACGCGUCGGAGCGCGAGCUCGCGGGCAUGCUCGCGCGCGCGGGGACCGUCGCGCGCGUCGAGCUCUUCGGCGCGGCGCCGGAGGACGCGGACUUGGGCGACGGCGCGCGGCGGCGGAAGAAGAAGCCGGGCGAGCGCGCGCCCUACCGCCUGCGGCUGUCCGUGGCGCACCGGAGCCCGACGUGCGCUUUGGUGACGUUCGACGCUCAAAGCGGCGCGGACGCGGCGCUGGACCAGGCGCUGCGCGUCUUCGGCGUCGUCGUGCGGAAGCGCGCGUGCCGCACGCGGCCGGCGAGCGACGUGCGGUCCAUCUACAUCCACCGGCUCCCGCCGAACGUCUCGGAGCGCGAGCUGCUCGACGACCUCGGCGAGUGCCUCGCGCCGGACCUCCAGCUCCGGCUCUGGCGCACGGACCCGCUGGACCCGCCGGACCGCGCGCGGCUCCGCUUCAAGUCCCACGACCUCGCGCGACUCGCCUGGCGCCGCCUCGAGGACGAGAGCCCCUUCGCGGACAACCUCUCCUGGACGCCGACCGCGCCGCUCCGCGCCGCGAAGGCGGCGAGUCGAUAA